UCACGUCACCAAUCUUCAGACGCGUAGUUGAUAGUUCACAACACUCCCGAGGUUCUUGAUAGAGCGGGCAGUCGCUCUUCUUUACGGUAAGCCGCUUCACCACGGAGCGAUUCUCUGCUAUCUCCUAAAUCGCGCCAAUUUCACUAUGUCUUUCGAUACUGUUCCCUCCAAAGCUUUACUUAAGCCAACGCCAUUUCGCGCGCAUGUCUCGGACGAAGAGCUUGAGUCCUUCAAGCAGUGCCUCAAGUACUCGCGCAUUGGUCGGAAAACGUACGAGAACCAGAACACGGACGUUAAAGACUUUACUAGCUGGGGCGUCGACAGGCAAUGGCUGGAGAACGCGAAGCAGUCUUGGGAGACGAAGUACGACUGGCGGAAGACUGAGGACAGGAUCAACAGCUUCUCCAACUACACCGUCACUAUCCAAGACAGCGGCUUCGACUUCGAAGUGCACUUCGUGGCCUUGUUUUCGAAGAAAGCAGAUGCAGUGCCUCUAGCGCUCCUGCAUGGCUGGCCGGGAAGCUUUCUCGAGUUCUUGGGCAGUUUGGAUGUAAUGCGCGAAAAGUUCACGCCUGACACGCUUCCAUUCCACGUCAUUGUACCCAGUCUGCCAGGGUACGGAUAUUCCAACGGUCCUCCACUCGAUCGAGACUUUGACGUCCAAGGCAUGGCGAGGGUGAUUGACAAGCUUAUGGUAGGCUUAGGCUUCAGGGAUGGGUAUAUUGCGCAAGGAGGUGAUAUUGGCAGCUUCAUCUCCCGCGUGCUUGGAGUCACGGCCGAUGCUUGCAAAGCUGUGCAUCUCCAUCUGUGCAUCGGUGUGUCGCCGGAGGGUAAAGACAUCGACGCGCUUAGCCAAUCUGAAAAGCAAGCUCUGCAACGGUACAGCAAUUUCAACCAGAUGGGCAAUGCAUACGCCCGAGAACACGGCACUCGACCUUCAACCAUAGGACUCGUCCUGUCUUCCAGCCCGAUAGCCUUGCUUGCUUGGGUCGGCGAGAAGUUUCUGCAAUGGUCCGACGUGUCUCCGCCCCUGGAUGAAAUACUUGAUUCGGUGACGCUGUACUGGUUUACAGAAUCGUUCUCUCGCUCAAUCUAUCCCUACCGCCAAUUCUUUGGAGCCAAGCCAACUUUCUUCCAUCCAGACCCGCAGUAUAACGUCAAAAAGCCUCUAGGCUAUUCAUGGCACCCCAAAGAGCUCGCACCUGUUCCUAAGGACUGGGUGGCGGAGACUGGCAAUCUGGUCUGGCACAGAAACCACGAAGAAGGUGGUCACUUCGCAGCGAUGGAAAAGCCGGCGCUGUUUGUGAAGGAUAUGGAGGAUUUCGUCAAGGAGGUGUGGCCGCAGGCUAGCAAGGCUAGGAUGUAAAGGCAGCUGUCAAUCAGCCACACCAGACAACGCGUAUUAUAAUCGAGGACACUAGCUGUCAGAGAGCGGGCGCGCCGUUUAAACGGCACGAUUCGCUUAAGAGAGUGAAUGC